AUGACUUCCGCCCAUGAAUCACCGCAGACUAUCCUCCAGCAGAUCUGCUCGCCAGAGGCGAACCGUGAGGACGUGGCCGUAGUCGUCCGCCUGGACGACGGAAACCUGCGUUUAAAUCCAAGAGACUCUUGUUUCGAGGAAUUUCUGACGUACUUGCAUCCUAAGGUUGCUAUCAAGGCAUGUACACCCGCACUCAACUCUCUCUUGGCCGCCACUGGUUCCACAGCUUCGCUUGUCGAUGUCGGCGAUGGCAUCGAGCUGCCAAUCUACGACUCACUUGCAUCAGUACCUCGCCGUGUGGCGUCGCAAGCUGCAGCUAUUAUCCGGGAUGUACCAGCUCUAGUCGUCUGGUCCGACGACGCAGAUAGCAUAGCGCAAUGGUUCCUGCACGUAGAGCACCGGAUUCGUCAUUCUACCCGCAUGUGCAGCUGCGCUGCGUUUCCGUCGUUGACGUCUGAUAGCUCUCGCACGGCCUCAAACUCAGAUUCAACCCAGGGCGACGACUGCCUCCUCACGUCGUCCAGUGGCGACGAAUCGAUCGACUGGUUUUUGUUCGAUGAACCGUCGGUAGCGCUCUCUGAGCUGGAGGUGCCACUUGCCGUGGCGCCGUCCUUCGACCUGGACGAGCACAGAGACGGUGGUGUAUCGCCACCUCAGAUACGGCUCGAUGGCAACGGCUCCGUCACGGUGGAUAUCAGCACCUUACAUGAGAGGCUUUCGGCCGGCUUUUCGGCAUCAGACUCGCUCUUGCCCUUGUCUAGUAGCAGAUCAUCCGACCUUCAUCCGACGUCGACAAUACCCCACGAACAGCAGACAAUAUCGCCUAUGCUGCUGCAAUCUUCUACGUAUACCCCUGAUUCCGCCACGCUCUCCCCUCUCUCACCGUCUUACGCCCCACUUUGUAGCGUAUACACCGCCGCUUCCCCUCUGCGCACUCCGUCCACAAUAACCCUCGAUAUCGACUCGGACUCACCAGCAAUGAAGGCCUCCAGCCCCGAAUCUGGAAGAGAACUGGACGCAGACUGGACGCCUCCACGCAUCUCUCUUCUCUGGCACUCUCCUCACAGUCGUCGCGCUUGA